CAUACCAGGUAAUAUGUUAAACCAAUUAAUCACUUACCAAUCAUAUCAUUUUUAUAGAAAUUUGAAAAGAAUAAAUAUGUUGUUGCGAAUGUUAAAGAAUUAUUUUUAGAUGAAGGGAACAACCUUGAAAUAUGAUGACGAUAGACAUCAGCCAUGGCUUAUCGAUAUUGAUGGCAAUCGAUUUUGAUUGGUCAAUACAAUAAGAUACAAUGCGUACAGUGUCCGUCGAGAUUAUUCAACUUGCAUCUCGUAACCACCCAAGUCUUCAGCGUCGUGGGGUUGAACGUCAUGAGACCUUACAUACCUAGGCGUCAUGUUAUAGCUAGGAAUUUUGGCUUGUUUACAAGACAAAUUGGAAACCAAGCUAUAGCAACAGAAAAAAUCAGUAUCGUCUCAUCGAGCAAAACUUCAAAAGAAUUGGUUAUCAAAAAUUUAGAAAGGCACCUUGCCGAUCGGCCUAAGAAAUAUGUUCAUACGAGUAUUUCAGGUCAUGGAGCGGCUAUAUUUGCUUCUCAGGACUUCGCAAGUUGGUUAAGAGAUGAAACCUUCAUGUCUAAUGUUCUCAGAGCUCUCUUCAAAUCAAAUAUCGCCGGGGAAAGUAAUUCCCAAGACGUCAAUGUCUUAUGCGCGGUGACAGAUGGACUUGCCCCGAAACGAUUAUUAGGCCAACCAGAGCCAGGGUUCUCGAUUUUAUAUGGCUCAUCGAACGAUAUUCUUCCUGGACUCUGGGAUCAAGACGAAUUCGGGUCAAAUGUUGACGAGGAUAGGGAAUCAUCCGUUUCAUUCCAAUCAACCCCCCUACCUGGAGAUACCAGACCACUUGAGAUUACCUUCCCAUUAGCAAAUACAGUUUUUCAGAAUGGAAGACGAUCUACUCUAUUUGCCAGCAAAUGGCAAGCUAGUCACGAUAUGUCCAUGGUGCACACCUCAAUACAAGAGAAACGAACCCAAAGAAUACGUGCUCACGCCACGUCUGCGGGUCACACAUAUCCCUUCCUUCCGCUGCUACCAUUAACUCCUCCACGGAAAAUUGUCGCUGGCUUGGGGAAUAUUGUUCGACAAGUCGAAGUUAAUGGCUCCACCGCGCCCGCAUCAAAAGAACUAGAGGGUCUUAUACCGAAGAUAUUUGAUGCUAGAUCCCAGAGGAACCCUGAUUUUUCGCCUGGUCCUAUUGGAGUGUGGUGUUUGGUUAUACCUUCCCAUGUCGUGGAAAGGUAUAAUCUCGGUGAUAUAAAAGUAUUCAAGCCAGAAUCGUCAGGAUCAGAAGCAGAGCUAUCUGUCGAAACUAUGAAUAUGUUUUCCGAAUUAAUGUCCUCCGGAUGUCGGUUACACAAGAUUCUCAGCGGUGGGGGAGGCUGGGGCCUCAAACAGGGAUUACUUUCCCUUGAUCCCGAGACGAACUACUCUCUACCAGGCCAGGAUGACGUUGAAAUGUUCAUCAAGGCAUUCCAUGAACGCAAUAGUCCUGAUUCCUCUGAAGGUCUCGUGACUCCAGGUUCAUAUCUUAUGUUUUGUAUUGAACCGCAUUGUACAGAGAAAGAAAUAAGGGAAAGCCAACAGAUGAAUCCAACAACAGUUGUCGGUGUUACCUCAGACAAUGACCAAGUUCUUAAUUACUCAGGUCCAACAGACCAUAUCGAGAUAAUUGACGACCACUUCGGUAUCGUAUCCAAGGCUGGGGUGUUCCUAAAGGCUACGUCAUUACCACAUAUGGUAGACGUUAGCAACAGGAAUACCAAGCAAACCCAGGCAUUUACUACGAAAGUGGACUUUCCUAGAGCCUCAUUCGUGUUAUAGUUAACAUAAAACCCGAUAUAUGGCAAUAAUCAAGACAAGUCCCGAAUUUGAAGAGCUUGACUAAUAGCGACGAAGAAUAUGACCCCCACCCAGAAGUGAGACAUACGACAUUGUAUAAUUGAAGCACAGUGUGGUUACGAAUAAAUUUUGGUUUACUUAUGACGCUUCGUGGUAAUCACCUAAGCCAUAAAGUAUC